UUUGGAAACUUUUCCCUUAUAUCCCUCGCUAUUCGAAUAUUCUAAGCAGGCCCCGUCUUCGCUCUUGCCUCUCGCACACGAUGGCCGCAUCGUCGUCUUCUUCCUUCUCACAUAGCGCCGACUCUUCUGGCUCAUCCGACACGUCAUCGUCUCGACGCCGUCGGCGUCACCGCAGCAACCGUCGUGACCGAGAAAGGGACAGGGAUGCUUUGAAGAUACGAAAGAAAAGUAGCAAAGGCAGCUCUAAACGAGGUCGUAGGAAUCGCCACCAAUCCUCUGAUUCAUAUGAUUCUUCCUCGGAAUCCGGCUACUCCAGUGAGCGUGCGAGAUCUAACCAUGCUAAGGGGCACAAGAAGAAUGAAAGAUCAAAGAAGUCCAAGGAGAAAGACCGAAGCAGGAGUCGGCAGCACAAACGGCAUAAGGAUAAAGUUAAACAGAAAGAGCAAGAGGAGAGAACUGGCGGCCCUGUCCAGCUUUCCAAGUUUUUAGGGCGUGACAAAGAUGAUGAUGUCCGUCGGAGUUCUGUAUCAGGAAAAAAGAUUUUAUUGAAACUCGACAAAUCCAAAGAGGAUAAGGCAUCAGAAAGCAAAAGGAAUGAAUUGCUCAAGUUCUUGAAUGCUAGUUUUGAUUGAUCAGUGGAGCUUUGUAGUGAAUGAAGGGAUCCAACUAGUUGGUGCUUUGCAGUCAUAUGGUGUUGAUGGAGAGAGGUAGCACGAAAUUACACUACACAAAUUAAUUAAUUCUCGCUGAAAUUUGUAAACGUCAUGUUCAUUUUGAGGUCUUGGUGAGCACCUGUGUUAUAACUUUACUAGCAUGUUCUGUUGAUGUUGUGUUAAGUUGAUACUUGGUGGAUGUUUAUCAUCCUUGGUUUGCUUCAUAAUUCUUAUGGGAACUAGAUCGCAACAUUUUUAUUAUUGGAUCUUCAAGCAUGUGGGUUGAUUACUCCUGUUCUCCA